AUUGUGCAAAGAAACGCUCCAAAGUCUGGGAUUAGAAAUGCUUCGAUUUUCGGGUUUAGAUUGCUAUGAUCACGUGGACCUGGGAAUAAGUGCAAAUUAAAAGCUUUCUUGGCCAACGAUAGAGUUUUAUAUACACUCUUAAAAGGUAGUUCUAGAUCUUUUAUUUUUCGUUUUAAAUCGAGAAAGGGGAUUUUAUAAUUUUGGAUAUGGGGAAAAAUUCACCAGCAAAACAAAAUCAACCCAAGAAUACGAAUCCAAAACUUCAAAAAUCAGCAUCAUCCGUGAGUUCAAAGAAGGAGGCAGCAGUGCUAAAGGACACCAGUCUCGCCGUGCUGUCAAGGGAGCUGGGAGCCGUGGAUAAAUACAGCGGAUUAAUGCUAGGAAUGUAUCUAAAUGUCCCAACCACCACCAUAGUCAACAUCGCGAACGCUGCAUCAGACGACGGGUAUAGUGACGUCAGCGACAGAACCCGGAUUGACACUACACAGAAAAUACUGCUCACGUGGAAAGACUCUUGGAAAGACAUGCGUCCAAAGAUAAAAGAGCGCGAAAAAGUGAAAGAACUCGCACGGGCUGUUACCGAGAUGGGAAAGUCUGAAAUGGCAUCUGUCAUCACUGACAAACACGCAGAAAACGCAGAACUCACCGCAGAUGCUUUUGUUGGACUUACUUCGUGAUCAAUCAGUGGUAGACCUCAAAUAUGUAAUAUCUCAGGAAUUUCCACUCAUCCUGAGAAAAGACCUUUUAUUUUUUCCCCCUUUAUAUUUGGUAUUUUUGCCAGACCAUUUGUACUGUGAGCCAAAGAUUGUUGAAGUCCUUUGAAUCAAGUAUUGAACAAAUUAAGUGCAGGUUUCAUCAUGUAUACAACGCUUAUUCGUUGCCGUCCAUUUUCGAUUCAGGCAUAUUAUUCUUUGUUUACAUUGCAACAUAUAAAAUGCUGUAUUCAUCGGUGUAGAUAAAUAUGUUUGCGAAUACUAUUUUGUUUCAUAACAAUUCUUAACAAUAAAUAGCUUAUGUAGUCAAUUCAAUUAG